GCGCGUGAGUUAGAACUUUGGCUUCGAUGCUUUCAGUCUCUGUUGGUCCCUUCGUUCAUUCUCGUCCUUUCCCAACGAAAUCUGCGACGAGGAGAGACGGGUCGAGAAAUUUAAAGGAAAAGAGAAAAGUGGCCAAGGGAAAUAGAAGAGAAAGAAAAAAUAUUGGCUCGUCGCGCCAAGGCUGGCAGGCCUCGUCUCACCUUUCGCAAGCCCACGCGAAACCUCCGUCUUUCCUGAAAGAAAGGGAAAGGAAAUAAAGUCGAAUGGGAGGGAAAGCUGAGAAAUGACAUUGACGACCUAAACGAAGGGGAAUCUGUCGCGAUCCUCUGAUCGUGAGUGCAUCGAAGGAUGAGAAGAAUCUCGGAGCAGGGUGCGUUCGAGGUUCAAUGAAAAUCAGAAGAGUGUAGGCGCCCAUUGAAAAACGGGAGAAGAGGAGACGAGGGGACGUAAAAAAUAGUCGCGGAUCAAAGUGAAUACAGAAGAGAAUGCCAAGAAUUUCGUUGCGUUUUUAUCAUUCGUGAGGGACGUCAGUCAGCCCCGAAAUUUCGCAGUUUAAUAGUAACGCGACGGGAGAAGAAAAAAUUCCAGUCCCGGUAAAGAAGGUCGAGAAAUUGAGCUUGCCAGGAUAAAAUCUGGAGCGGAGGAUACACGAACGGAAAAUGUCUCGAGAAAUUUUGAGCGACGUCGAUGAGAAAAUAGCUUCGAAGGUCGCCCCGCGGAAAGGCGAAGGAGUCAAGAAGGACAGCAACAAAGCCCAACGACGAUGGCGCCUUUUGGCACGUGCGUUGACACGCUCACCCGAGUUAUCUCUCGACAUCGAAGACGAGAUAUCGGUUCGGAGGUUCACGUCAUUCGAUCUCGUAAAGCCUUCGCUCAUCGACAACACUCUCGCUGAUCCCGAUUCCACUUGGUACGAUUAUCGGACCAUUCUCGAUCACCGAAUCUUCGUCGUCGAGAUACGCCGUAUAAAUAAAAAAUCAUUCACCGCGAACGAAUUAAUGGGCUUCAACAAUACCGGCAACGUCUGCGUCUGGCCCUCCGAAGAGUGCUUGGCUUAUUAUCUUCUCAAUAAUCCUCAUAUUUGCCGGAAUAAAAUGGUGUUGGAACUUGGCGGCGGCAUGAGCUGUCUUGCCGGUGUAUACCUUGCCAAAUAUUGUGAACCAGCUGGUGUAACGUUAACCGAUGGCAAUGUCACAAGCGUUGACAACGUAAGAUGCAUCGUUGCCAGAAACAACAUGGCCGAUUUUGUCAAAUGCGGAGUCGUACAAUGGGCCAGAGCAGCAGCCGCUAUACUGCGACAGAAUAACGCUCCUAAUAAUCCAACCUCCAAUCGUAUUCAGACACGAAGUAUGGAGAGUAUAGACGAGUCGAGAAGAACGGAAGGUCUUUACGACGUGAUCCUAAGCGCCGAUUGUCUGUUCUUCGACGAGGCUCGUCUCGAUCUCGUUGAAACGAUUUAUGGAUGGCUAGCUGACAACGGAGUAGCUCUGCUAAUGGCGCCCAGGCGGGGUACGACAUUCCAAAAAUUUGCCGAGGCUGCUGUUAAACGCGGCUUUAUCGCGCGAGUCACCGAGCGUUAUGAUCCAAAAGUGUGGUCGAGACAUCUGGAGCUCGUCGAAAGCGGUCAAGAGUACUCCCCUGAUCUCCACUACCCGAUACUCCUCGAGCUGACGAAACAAGCUCAAAUCUCACCUGGUUGACGACGGUUCUUCGAUUGCUAUCCUCGCGAGUACCAACAUUGUCGAGAUUUAUAUAUAGAAACAUUUGAAUGUUUUACUGCCAGCGCGACGCGACGAAACGCUUGUUUUUCCUUCCCCCUCAUUUUUCUCUUCCUCCCUUAUUGUGGCUGUUUUCCAAGUUUAAACAUUUUUCCGGACACGAGACAUUGAGCAGGAACCUCUCAACGUUUUGUAUCGCUCAAAAAGCAUCAAAAGACGAAAGUUUCAUGAAUCAGCUCAACACCACUCCAUUGUGUGAAUACUCUUCUAAUGCCUUUCGAACGCUUAAGAACAAAAAAAGUAUAAUUUGCAUGCAUCCUGUGGAGGAUACAUCGCGACGAAUCGCAGGAAACAAUUCUCGGUCCAGCGUGCAUCGUUGCACGGACAAUAUUUCGCUGGCGAGAGCAUAAUUCAUUAAUAUACACAGAAUAUAAUAUUAAUAUAGUUAUUAGCGACAUGGAAAAGCGGAAAAAGACACUAACCACGUUUCAGAUAGUGCGGCUCGGACGCGCUGGUCGCGUUCCCCAUUGAUGUUGAUAAUAGUGUUCAAUAUUUGUUCGCCUGGCUGCGAAAGCUCGUUGUAAAAUAUCGUAUUAUUAUAAUUAGUUGUUAAUUGAACGAUGCGACCUUUCCCAUUGAACCAAAUGAAUUCCUGUAACGAUUAUCGAAACACUGGUUAAGGAGCAUUGUCCGCAACUCGUGAAAACCCGAAGAAAAAUAAACCGAGUCGAUAAAACGUGUAUAGACGACUCGUCAGGAGAGAGAAGAAAAUAGUUGAGACAACCGGAAGUUACGGCCGCGCGCGCGCGGAUGAAACGCACCGUUGUACACUCGGAAAGAGCGCGCGCAGAAACUCGGCUGAAUAAAACUCUAAUUCAUAAUCCGUCAAAGUGAUGGAACACCAUGCGUGUGAGCCGAUUCCAACA